CUUUUGUCUCGCUGUGAUUUUGAGACAUACAUUUCGCCAUGGAAAUCGCUGCCAUUUCGGGCACAAUUCUCACUGAGCUCAGUGAGGAGGAUGUCCGUUGCAUGGUGGAAGAUGGAAGGACUGUUCGGGACUUGAAGAAGAUCCUGACAGAUCCGCUUGGACACUCGAGGUUCCGGCAACGACUCUUCAGUGAAGGGCUUGGCGAGUUGCAGGAUCACAUGCCUUUGGACACGUGGGAACGUGUGCAAGUGGUCAUCCUCAACUUCUGUGCUGACGAGCUAACUGCAGAGGAGCUCCUUCGCAUGUGUGAAGAAGAUCGUGUGGAGCAAGUGGAGCGGCUGCUGCAAAAGCCACAGGAUCCGAAUUGGAGCGGAUCGACCGCAAACGCCAAAAGUGCACUUGCACUUCACCUUGCAGCUCAAAACGGCCAUGUCGAAGUCCUGCAGUUGCUCCUGGAAGCUGGAGCGUAUGUGAAUGCAUCAAAAGCAGAAGGAGCAACGGCUUUGCAUCUUGCAGCCCGAAGUGGCCACCAGGAAGUUGUGCAGAUUUUGCUUGAAGCUCGUGCUGACAUAGAUGCAGCAACUCAAGAAGGGGCCACGGCGUUGUAUUGUGCAGCAGAGCGAGGCCGCUUGGAAGUUGUGCAGUUGCUCCUAGAGGUUGGAGCUCGAAAAGAUGCUGCAAGUGAGGCAGGGGCAACGGCUUUGUAUGUAGCAGCUUUGUUUGGCCACCUGGACAUCUUGCGUUUGUUGCUAGAAUCUGGAGCUGACAAGGAUGUGGCAACUGAAGAAGGGAAUGCUUUGUAUGCAGCAGCUGAGCUGGGACACGUGGACGUGGUGCAGUUGUUGCUAGAAGCUGGGGCUGACAAAGAUGCCGCAACCGACGAAGGGGCGACUGCUUUGUAUGUUGCAGCUGGGCGUGGCCACCUGCCAGUUGUGCGUUUGUUGCUACAGGCUGGAGCUGACAAAGAUGUGGGGACUCAAGAAGGAACGGCAUUGCAUUUUUCGGCUGAGGCUGGCCACGUGGACGUGGUGCAGCUGUUACUCGAAUUUGGAGCAGACAAAGAUGCGACCACCGAAGAGGGGUCAACUGCUUUGUAUCUUGCAGCUUGCCGAGGCCUUGUGGAAGUAGUGCGUGUGUUGCUGGAAGCUGGAGCUGACAAAGAUGUGGCUAGUGACCGAGGGAUAACAGUAACGCCAUUGUAUGUUGCAGCAGAAGCAGGCCAUGUGGAAGUUGUGCAGUUGUUGCUUGAAUCUGGUUGUGACAAGAAUGUGAUUACCGAAGAUGGGGCAACAGCUUUGUUUAUUGCAGCUCUUCGAGGCCACUUGGAAGUUGUGCAGUUGCUGCUAGAUGCGGGAGUUGACAAGGAUGCCGUGACUGAGUAUGGGGCAUCAGCUUUGUCUAUUGCAGCUGAGAGUGGCCACACGGACGUGGUGAAUUUGCUGCGCGAUGCUGGAGCUGCUGAGAAUGCUGAAGCUUGAACAUGCUCUCAGCUUGUGAUGGGGUCUUGGAUCUAGAUGAAUCUAGUUCUCUCCAACUAAAGAUAGAAAGGUGAAUACAUGUCGUUAUCAUUGAUCCUUCUGAACAAGAACUAUGUCUGAGGCAUGUUUUUUAUAGGCUUUCUUGGAGCCGCCAGGAACCUUUGUUCGAUGCAAUGCAACGAACUUUUCAUCAUUUGCUGUCAUUUGUUGGUUGGGGGGGUUGGAGCAACUUUGGAGCUGGGGGUGG